GGACCAGUUGACAAAGAUCCAAACUGAAUUACAAGAGACAGUGAAAGAUUUAGCUAAAGGCAAAAAGAAAUACUUUGAGACUGAACAGAUGGCUCAUGCAGUGCGAGAGAAAGCUGACAUCGAGGCAAAAUCUAAACUUAGUCUUUUUCAAUCAAGAAUCAGUUUACAGAAGGCAAGUGUAAAGUUAAAAGCCCGGCGAUCUGAGUGUAAUUCCAAAGCUACCCACGCAAGGAAUGAUUAUCUUCUUACCCUAGCGGCAGCAAAUGCACAUCAGGAUCGCUACUAUCAAACAGAUUUAGUUAACAUUAUGAAGGCUCUUGAUGGAAAUGUGUAUGAUCAUCUCAAGGAUUAUUUAAUAACCUUCAGCCGUACUGAGCUAGAAACAUGUCAAGCUGUGCAGAACACGUUCCAGUUUUUAUUAGAAAACUCCAGCAAGGUGGUACGGGACUACAAUCUUCAACUGUUUUUGCAAGAGAAUGCUGUAUUUCACAAACCCCAGCCCUUCCAGUUCCAGCCUUGUGACAGUGAUACUAGCCGACAAUUAGAAUCAGAAACUGGGACCACAGAGGAGCACAGUCUAAAUAAGGAAGCUCGAAAAUGGGCCACACGUGUGGCACGUGAGCAUAAAAACAUUGUUCAUCAACAACGGGUUCUAGAUGAUCUGGAGUGUCAUGGACCUGCUAUAUCAGAACAAAACCGAGCAGAGCUGGAACAGAAAAUAGAUGAAGCUAGAGAAAAUAUUCGUAAAGCAGAGAUAAUUAAAUUGAAAGCUGAAGCCCGGCUGGACCUGCUAAAGCAGAUCGGUGUUUCUGUGGACACAUGGCUAAAGAGUGCCAUGAGCCAAGUAAUGGAAGAACUGGAAAAUGAGCGAUGGGCCCGCCCUCCUGCAGUGACCAGUAAUGGCACUUUACACUCGCUUAAUGCAGAUACCGAAAGAGAAGAAGGAGAAGAGUUUGAAGAUAACAUGGAUGUUUUUGAUGACAGCAGUUCCAGCCCUUCUGGCACCUUAAGAAAUUAUCCACUCACCUGCAAAGUUGUUUAUUCCUACAAGGCUUCUCAACCAGAUGAGUUGACCAUUGAGGAACAUGAGGUGUUAGAAGUGAUUGAAGAUGGAGAUAUGGAAGACUGGGUAAAGGCUCGAAAUAAAGUUGGCCAAGUGGGUUAUGUGCCAGAAAAGUACCUACAGUUUCCCACCUCAAACAGCCUCCUGAGCAUGCUGCAGUCCCUGGCCACUUUGGACGGUCGGUCACACACGUCCAGCAAUUCCACGGAAGCAGAAUUCGUUUCAGGCAGCCUCAACGGAGAUGCCAGUGUCUGUUUUGUGAAAGCACUUUAUGAUUAUGAGGGCCAGACAGAUGAUGAGUUAUCUUUUCCUGAGGGAGCAAUAAUCCGUAUCUUGAACAAAGAAAACCAAGACGACGAUGGCUUCUGGGAAGGGGAAUUCAAUGGGCGUAUUGGAGUUUUCCCAUCCGUGCUAGUGGAAGAACUUUCAGCCUCAGAAAAUGGUGAUACUCCAUGGAUGAGAGAGAUUCAGAUCUCUCCUUCCCCCAAGCCACACGCCUCCCUGCCUCCACUGCCGUUGUAUGACCAGCCUCCCAGCAGCCCCUACCCCAGCCCAGAUAAGAGGAGCUCCCUGUACUUUCCCCGGUCUCCUUCAGCAAACGAAAACAGUCUUCAUGCUGAGUCACCAGGAUUCUCUCAGGCAUCAAGGCAUACGCCUGAGACCUCACAUGGCAAACUGCGACCUGUCCGGGCAGCUCCCCCUCCACCUACGCAGAAUCACCGAAGGCCAGCAGAGAAGAUUGAAGAUGUGGAAAUCACACUGGUGUGAUGAUGGGCUUGCCCAUCCAUUACUGCUACAAUCAAGGCCAGGCUUGGAGUUUGGCCAGUCUUGUUUUUAGGCACCUUUGCAUGAUGAUGACUCUUGAACAGAGCAAAAACAAGGAUUAUUUGUGACUGGGUGGCCUGGUAGACUCCUCCCACAUUUUGAAUAUUUCGUGCCUUUUUUUUGUUGUCAUUUUCUAUGUCAUCUUUCCUACCAUAGCACAAAUCCUAGCGGACCCUAGGAGCAAAGAGGGGGGCAGCCCUCAUGCCUAACAGUGGUCUGUUUUUAUGUGAGACUCAAGACCAGGCCUCAUUCCAGGGCACAGUCCCUAAAUUACUGAUCAUGUGCACUCGUACAGUAUAUUACUGUGACCGCAAGGAUGUGGCAAAGAUUCUCAUCUUUCUUCAAGUGGGUUUUGCUCAGAGAAUUAAUCAGAUCAUGUGGCUACAUAAGGAAACAGAAGGAGGGAUUUCAGGAGAGGCUGGCUCCUCCCCAAGGUUAGUCCCCAGACUGAGAAAGUGAAACCUUAUUGGGAAAAAUUGGACUGCCCUGAAUUUAGCACCAAUUGCAUUAAUGCACAUCUCUUCCACCACUAACAGACUUAAAAUAACAGUGUCCUUCAUAUUAAUAUCUGUGCCAUUAAUUUAGAAUUAGCGGAGCUAAUAUGGAGGAGCUGAACUAAUAGCCACGUCUUGUCCAUCACAUAGACUAAUAGAAAGGAGGCUAUGGCUAAAGCAGAAAUGGAGCUUCCGGAUCUGAAAUUAGCCAAUAUAAUGUUCUUUUGUAUUUGGGUAUUUUUCAUCUUAAUUUUUACAGCAUAUACUCUUCUUACCAGUAUGUUUAGAAUCUGAAUGUCUAGAUAAGUUGAGGACACAUACCGGCAUUGUUGAGCUUCUCUACUGGAGAGGCCCCUGGCAUUAUUUUAUUCCCAACCCAGCAGCCAGCAGACCGGCCCAGACAGCCAGGCUGUGGCUAGUCCAGACCAACUGCUACGGUGGAAAAUGGAGCUUCCAGGUCCCACUACCCUGACAUUUCCUUGGAAGGAAGAACCUGGGGGCCCGUGGAGGAAACCAGCUUCCUGUGAGAAAGGACUGAAGGAUUACACACCCUGCACAAGUACAGAUUGACCAGGAAAAAACAAGUGUCUUCUAUGUGUCACAGGGAAAACCAGGAGUGGCCUUUUUUGCAGGCCAGCAAGCCUACAACAGCAGGUGCCCCCGAGUCAGGUACUGACUCUCCGCUGUCCGCUGCUGUAGAAGGUAGGGAGCGCAAUACCUGGGGACUACGGGAUGUUUGCUGGUUGUGGUUUUUUUUGUUUUUUGUUUUCUAGGUUAAGAAAUCAAAUUUGCAGAAUUUAAUCUAAAAGUUGCAUUAUGCUUUGAAAACUCCAUCCCUCCUAAGAAUCUUAAAAAACUUGAAAUGCUCACCAAAUGUCCCCAUGGGAUUUUUGACCAAAAGUAAGGUCAUAACUGAAGAAAUUUUUAGUUCUUUGAUCACUUCAGUGACAAUACCCAUUGAUGAAUCUUCUUCAUGAUUUGGGGGUUUUUGUUGUUGUUGUUGUUUUUUACACUUCUUAACCUGUUGAUCUAUUUGAGGUCUUUUGUGUUUAUCAAACUUAUUCUUAAGUUUAAAAAAGAAAUUAAAAGGGUGGUUUUUUAAGAUUUUAAAGUUUGCUAACAUAUUAAAAAAUCUUCAAAUGCUUAUUAAAUAGAGCAGUUCUUGCCACCCAGUCUUGUAUUCUCUCUUUAGCUAGCCAAAUUGUCCUUGAAUUUGGGUUUUCCACAACCUCAGAGGGUUAUUUGAAAUCUUUUGUUGUAUUUUAAAAUAUUUUUUGGAAGAGCUGCUAAUUUUAUUUUAAAAAGCAAAGUUGUGAAAAUAUGCCUCCUUUUUAAAAAAUAACCCCUCCAUCCAGGACAUGGAAUCCAGCACCACAGUGCACAGGUCAGGGCUCGGAAGGAGCCUCUGUGCAGAUGUGCUUUCUUUACAGUGGCUGUAAAAAGUUUGUAUUUAUUAUGUAUAAAAUGUUGAGUAAUUAAAAAAAAUGGAAUUAUG